AUGGCAUCGACACGCGGCCACCUGCUGGCACCGGAGCAACUCGCUUCGGUAGCCUCUGCGAUCGAGCUGGUGUCGGCCAUGUGGUCCGGCACGGACGAGCUCGAGAUGAGCGCGGCCGACGAGCGCACCGUGCAGCUGCUCGCCGACUACCUGCAGCUCGGGCUGGACGAGCUUGCGACGCCUCGGGCGCAGCACAUCAAGGACAGCAUCGGGGAUGCGGUGGUGCUUGCGCUCAAGGUGGGCGUGAGGUCCGAGCAGAGUCUGGUGGAGAGGAGGGUGAGGGUGAAUGUAGAGUUCCGUCUGCGCGCGCAGGGGUGGAGCAUGUGGACGAGCACCAAGGAGGCGCCAGCGUGGCUGGAUCGAGAUGCGAUAGACCGCGUCAAUGCGAUACUGUCGACCCCAACCGCGCAAGAAAGCGAAGAGGAGGAGGAGGAUGUGGUGGCGAGCAUCCUGGCUAGGGUGGAGGAGGUUUCCGAGUUUCUGCUCACCAUCCCGUCUGCCACCGAAACGGAGCAAGAAGAGGUCAAGGAGGAGCCAGAGUCGACGCACGUCCAACGCACGUGGUACUACCUGCCCUCGCUCUCGACCAAGUCCAAACGCGACGAUAUCUGCACACUCGCCUCGACGUCGACGCCUCGACUGACCGGAUUCCUGCUGGCGGGCAAGCCGGGACUGAUCGUGAUCGAGCAUCCGCUCUCCACGCCCAGCCCAACCGAUUCCGAGUCGCAAGCUGCAUCCUCGGCGCUCGAUGCAUUCUGGAGCACCAUCAAGCGCGAGUCGUGGAGCGACAUUCCCUCGUCGCACAAAAAGAUCUCGCAGCGGCUCGUGGAGCCCAGCACAGGGCGCGCAUUCAGCACGUUCGACGACGUGACCGACUGGCCCGAGCUCGAACGCGCCGCCGAAAGAGGCCGACGCAGCGACCUGAGCAAACUCAUCCGCUGGCUCGACGCCAGAGGUAUAGCCGGCACCCAGUGCCUCGAAAGCGUCCUGGGCGUCGGCAGCUGGGAUGCCUGA